AUGUCCAAUCUAUGGCCCGACUACGUCGAAUCCACGUGUCGCCAGAAUUAUUCCUUCUUCUGGAGCACUGACUAUCUUCGCAUGGGCGUAUGUUUCAUCAUGUUGUAUGAGAAUCGACAAAGUCAAAUUCCAACGAUAAAAUUUAAAAUCAAGACCAAAAGAGUUCGUCAGACUUAUUUUGGCUUAAAUUUUGUGAUAGCUUUUGUGGCAAUAUUACCAUUUUAUCUGGAGGAUACAGAUCAGAUUGAGCUGAGAAAAUAUGUUCUGAAGCGAAUUCCCUGCCCAACCAUUGAAUUCUACGAUCAAAAAACCUACAUCCUUUUAAAGGGCGGUGAAAUGACACCAUUCAUUUCUGUGAUCAUUUCCAUGGUUUUGAUCAUUUUCCAAACAUUUUUCUUCCUUGCGCACACUCUUUGGCAUUUGACAUUGAUUCGAAAUUCAAAUGUUUCGGAAACUGCAAAAUCGUUGCAGAGAAAACUAUUGGCUUAUGUUUCUGUUCAGAUUUCAAUACCCCUAAUCGCAUUGACCGGCCCAGUGAUCUACUCAUUGUACGCCGACAGAAACAACUAUUAUAAUCAAGCUUAUAAUAACAAUGCGAUGCUACUAAUGUCGUUUCAUGGAAUAUUUUCAACUAUGUGUACAUUAUUGAUUUAUCAGCCUUAUCGAGAUUUGAUUAAGAAAAUUAUAGUCGGGAAGAAGGAAGACGAAGAUCGAAGGACUUCAAUGGCAACUUCUAGUUAUAUUGGACAUCAUAGAAGAUCGACGACUGGAAGAAUUAUUCCACCAGUUGAAAAUUCUUACUAA